CACUGGCUUUUGUGUCUGUUUCUUUUUCUCCUCCCCUCCAUCGCGAUGCUACCCUGGCUGGCUUCUGCGCCCAUUCCCGUGUGGCCUGGCGGCCUCUUCCCACCGUGGGAUUGACUCAAGGAGAAAGAGGAGGAAGCGCGGAGGCCCGAUCGCCUGCUCAUGCAGCAGUCCUGCCGCCGCCGCCCCCGCCCCAUCGCUGGAGUUCCGACGAGCUGCAUGGACGGGCAUGGGGAGAGCGGCCCCUUUCUGCGCCAGCGCCGCCAGGGCUGAGCAAGAGUGGCGCCGCCGUCGCUCCCAGCCCCUGCCUGCCCUUGCUGUCUUCUUCAGCCUUGGGCUGCUACUUCACGCAGGGGAUUGCCAGCCACAAACACAAUGUCGAAUCCAGAAGUGCACCACGGACUUUGUGUCAUUAACUGCUCACCUAAACUCUGCCACUGAUGGCUUUGAUUUGGAAUUCUGCAAAGCACUGCGUGCGUAUUCUGCUUGCACUUACCGCAAUUCCAAAGUCUGCCGUGGAAACCUGGUCUACCAUUCUGCUGUGCUGGGGAUCAGUGAUCUCAUGAGUCAGAGAAACUGUUCCAAGGACGGCCCAACAUCCUCUACAAAUCCUGAGAUUACCCAUGACCCUUGUAAUUACAAUGGCCGCCAGGGAGCCAGAGACCAUCGGGGAGGAGAGCAAAUACCUCCAACUUAUCUUUUCUGUGGCUUGUUUGGAGAUCCACAUCUGCGGACUUUUAGGGAUCACUUUCAGACAUGUAAAGUGGAAGGAGCCUGGCCUCUUAUAGACAACAACUACUUGUCAGUGCAAGUAACAAAUGUGCCAGUAGUCCCAGGAUCCAGUGCUACUGCAACUAAUAAGAUAACCAUUAUCUUUAAAUCUUACCAAGACUGUACUGAUCAGAAGGUGUAUCAGGCAGUGACCGAUGACUUGCCAGCAGCUUUUGUAGAUGGCACAACAAGUGGUGGUGAUGGCGACACCAAGAGCUUGCGCAUUGUGGAGAGAGUGAGUGGCAGAUAUGUGGAAAUGCAUGCCAAAUACAUUGGGACUACAGUGUUUGUACGCCAGCUAGGACAUUACUUAACACUAGCCAUACGCAUGCCGGAAGAGCUAGUCAUGGCUUAUGAAGAGAGCCAGGAUCUACAGCUCUGCGUGAAUGGUUGUCCAUCAAGUGAACGCAUUGACAACAGUGGACAUCUCCCUUUACCAGUGAUGGCACAGGCCCUCACUCAUGGUGCAUCAAGUCAAACCCGGAAUAUGUACACACUGGAGAAUGCUUCCACCAAAUGCCAUGAGAAGAUGCUGGUGAAGGACAUCUAUUUUCACUCUUGUGUGUUUGAUUUGCUCACCACAGGUGAUGCCAAUUUCACAGCAGCUGCCCAUAGUGCCUUGCAGGAUGUCGAGGCACUGCACCCCAGGAAAGAGCGAUGGCACAUCUUCCCCAGCAGUGGGUGCCUUGGCCAGGGGAAUGGGUUGUCUCUUAGUCUUGGACUUGUGUGUUUGAUGCUUGUUGUGUUUUUGUAGGUAUUUUUUUUGUCAAGAACAAAGGUUUUAAAAUAUAUAUUGUCAUAAUAUAUUGAGUAAAGAGUAUAUAAUGUAUAUACCAUGUAUAUGAAGGGAUGCUUUUUGUCCUGGGACACCCAGCAGAAUGUAAAUAUUGUUACCUUUUUCAUGUAUGUUGGAUGUAAUAUUCUUUUGAUUGUAAUAAUUUUUUUGCUUUGCAGUUGGUGAAAUAUUUUAUAAUGUCCUUUCAUCAGGACCCAAUAGAAAGCACUUUAUUUUUUAUAUAUUAAAUAUUUAUGUGUAUCUAGGUAAUAUGUAAAGCAUAUAUUCACGUGUACAUAUAUCAUACCCAGUGCUCCCUCUAAGUAUUACUUAGCUUAAGUAGCAUGCUUAGGAUCUCUUGCGGUCGCUUUCUCCUCUAUCUUGGCCUUUCCUUGGACCAGUAAAAGCAGUGCAAGAAACUGGAUGGGAAUAGGUCCAAGAAGAGCUGAUUCUUCUUUUGGCUCCUGGACAUGUCAUCUCUUGUUUCAUAGGAGCAGGAGUAAUUUGCAUUGUCCCUCCUAAUUAGAUCUUUCAUAACUGCAUCUUGUUUGUUCUUGGUGCAGAUGGCUUUUGCUUUUUUACCCUAAGGACCACUUCUAUGUGGCAAUUUGUAUUUGGGUUAAAAUAUACAAGUACAAAAAGACCUAAGUUUUAUAUUUGAUUAUGAAGGGCACACAUAAUGUGUGUAAAACAUUGUCUUUGCUUCCAGUGUACAUGAGUGUGAGCCAGAUUUGUUAUGGUUUUGGAUCCCAUCCCUGAUUGAAUUAUAUAUAAAUAUGAUUGUCUUCAA